CACUAUAUCAAGUUCCGUACUUUGAACUCACUUGCGCCCCGAAACACGCGUUGCUCGGAACACGCGUUGUUCGGAACACGCGUUGUCCGGAACACGCGUUGUUCGGAAGUCGGUUAACGCUAACCCAGGAUUAAAAGUUAACCGAAUUAUAACUUUUUCUUCUAUUGACAAAUGUUUUUUUCUGCUUUUUUUGUGUAUAUGGUGAUUAAUAAGACUCAAAACAGAGGGCCAAACAUAUACAGGAAACCUCACCGCAAAAGUUACAAAACUCAAAUCAAAAUUCUACCUUUUCCUGUUAGCUUAAUCGGGCUCUGAACAACCCGGCCCCGGAGCUCCGCUUUUAGGCUGGCCUAAAUCUAUAUAUUAAAAUUUAACGUGGACUCGAACAAUAUUUCGGGCAGAAAAACUGAAAAAAAAAAUAGCCUCACAUGCACGUUGGAUUACCCCUCCCCUCCCACCGGGUGCAAAUGAAGGAAAAAAUAACCGUGAAAAAGGGUCAUUACGCCGCACCAGCAGGAGUCUUGGUGCUAACAGGGAUCAAGAUGAGAGCGUAUAACGCAUCCUGAUAGUGAAAAUGUUCAUGAUCGCUACAGAUGUUCCCAGACAAGAUUUAUUUCCCUUGUCACGCACCCCGCAAGUUUCUCUGCGCCGCGUCAAUUUCUCCUGCCCCCGCCCUUCUCCAGACCAGCUCAGCUGAUCAAGUCACGUGAUAGUUUCGAGUUCCCCUUCCAAGCUAAAAGAUGGACGCUCAGGAGCUUUUCAAGCAGCUACAGAAAGAAGCAGAAUGUCCUGUAUGUUUAGAAACAGUGGACAAUCCCAAAACUCUCCCGUGCCUGCAUUCAUUCUGCUUAAAUUGCCUCAAGAAAAUACCAGUCGAAGAAGAAAUGAUGGAAUGUCCUGUUUGUCGGACUUCCGUGUUGAUCCCAGAAACUCUGAUCGACUUACCAACAUCUUUUCAUCUCAAUCGAUUGUUGGAUAUUCUUCCACUCAGAGGCAAUGGUACAGAGGCUCAGAGAUGCGGCAUUUGCGAAGAAAUGCACACAGCAACUUGCUACUGUUUUGUGUGCGUGAGAUUCAUGUGUACAGCUUGUUUUGAUUCUCAUCAACGCACAAAUGGCACUCGUGGUCAUCGCAAUGUUUUGAUUGAGAAUUUGCAAGCACCGCAAGUCUUAGAGUCAAUCCGUGCACCAACUUGUUGUUUACAGAAAUGCCACGAGCUAAAAGAACCGUUAAAAUAUUAUUGCCAGCAAUGCAAAGUCUGCAUUUGCCAGAAAUGUUGCGAAGCGGAUCAUGACCGACACGCCAUGAUAGGUAUUCAUGAAGCUGCCAACAAAGAUAAAGUGCAAAUGAGGUCGGUGAUAAAUAAACUCAAACCACUUGUUGUGUUGUAUGAAAGUAAAAUGAACAAACAAGUUCAACUGAUGGAAAGAAGUAGAGAGGAAAAUGCUGCUGCCCGCAAGAAAGUUACUGAAACAGUGGAAGAAGUUAUCCGAGGUUUACGUGAACAUGAAACAACCAUCCAUGCCAAAUUAGAUGAAAUUCAUGAUAUACAACAAAGGGACCACUCAACACAGCUAGAAAACUUUCAGUUGCUUGUUACUCAGUUGAACAGCUUUGUUGAAUUUGGCGAGGCCGUCAUAGAAAGGAACCUGAGUGAAGAAAUCCUUCACACUCAAAGUAGCUAUGGAAAACAGGGUGAAGCAUUCCUUAAUCUGAAGAAAAUGGAAUUGUAUGAUCCACAACAUGUUGAUUAUGCAGUGACAAGCCAGGGCUUAAUUCAGGGCCAUGUUAUAGUUAAGCAUGCUGAUGCUUCAAAAUCAGUGGCUGAAGGAAAGGGUCUUGUAAGAACAAGUGUGGAUACUGAAACUAAUUUUAAGGUCACUAUUAUUGAUGAAGAAGGUAAGCAGUAUUAUCACAAAGAUGACCAGAUGACUGUGAAUGUGGUAGACCCACAAGGAAGUCUCUUAAACAAGAACAUUGAGGACUACAAAGAUGGGAAAUAUAUGGUGGCCUAUACACCACAGAGUGUGGGUAUGCAUACUGUUUCAAUUGACAUCAAUGGUAAGGCAUUGGCAGGCAGUCCCUGGAAAGUGAAAGUGAUGCCCCAUCAUCACCGUUUGUUGUUCAAGUUUGGAACAUCUGGGAGGAUGCGAGGGCAAUUUGACUGGCCUGUUUCUAUUGCUGUAAGCAAGCGAACUGGAAACAUAGCUGUAGCAGAUUCUGAUAACAGGAGAAUUCAGUUGUUCAAUUCAAAUGGGAGAUACCUGAGAGACUUUGGACAGACUGGUGCUGAGAAACUGAAUAAACCAAAGUCAGUGGCAUUCACGAGCUUUGGGGAUGUAACUGUUCUUGACUCCAAUAAGAUUUUUGUUUUCAGUGAAACUGGUAAUCUCAUAAGCAGCACAGUCAAUGAGCACCUGAUAAAUCCUUCCAGUCUUUCUGUCGGCUCUGACAAUCACUUAAUCGUGUGUGACAAAGGCGACAAGAAAAUCAAAGUCCUCUCCACUGAUGGAACAGAAUUGCUGAGGUCAUUCAGUGCCCCAGACUGUGGCACCUCCCCUGAGUUUGCUAUUUGUCACCAGAACAAGAUCUUUGUUUCUUAUUUUGAAGCUAAUUGUGUCAAGGUGUUCAGUGUGGAAGGGCAGUUUGCAUUUAACAUUGGAAAUAUAUCUAAGCUGAUAGAUAGAGAUGGAGUGUUAAAUGGCCCGCUUGGACUUUCUGUUGACAAAGAUGGUAAUUUAAUUGUGUGCGACUUUCAUAAUAGGAGACUCCAACUGUUUACACCUGAUGGAUUGUUUAUUAGUAAAAUUGAACAACAGCUCAGGCAGAGUGUGGGACCAUAUUCAGUUGCUGUGCUGAAUGAUAAUCGAGUGUUAAUGAUUGAUAUUUUAGGACACUCCAUUCAUGUUUUUCAGUAAGGUUAUGUGCAGAAAGGGACUAAAUGAUAUGGGGAAACUAGUAUGUAUAUAUCUGGUUGUCUGAAAUGCAGUGGAAAUCGAGAAAAAUAGGUUUUUUAUUAUAAUUCUUAUAAUAUUAUUCUUGUCAAGUUAACAUGAAAGAUAUCUUAAUGUAGCCUGAAAGGUGUUUUGGAUUUCAUUCUGAUCUUAUCUAGGAUAGUUUUUUGCAAUUUUAUUUCUCCAUUUACUCCUUGGAUUUACUUUUGAUGGAGAAUGUAUAUCAAUCACUUGAGACAGAGUCUCAUCACGUUUCCAAACACCUUGAAAUUUUUAGUCAAAAAUACCGUACUGUACGUGAUAUGUUAAACUCCCUUCUCGGUGUGUGGUAAUGUGGUGAGACACUACCUUGUGAAGAGGCCGAAGCUGAGGUGAACCAGUUCACUUACAGUGUUCUAGAAUUUUAUAAAUUCUUGGUUAUACAAAUGGGCCAUAUUCGUAUUCUUGAUAUUAGACUGGAACUAGCUUGUAAUGGGACUUAUGCAGGGGAAUAUACAAAGAGAUUAAUGUCCUUUGCAUUUGAAACGAUUUUCCCGCAUUGGCCUCAUUUGCAAGCUAUUACUGCAGUUCCAAUACCAAGAAUAAUCCAAUACAAAGAUGGUCUAUUAAAACAAUGCACAUUUCUGUGUAGCUAUAUAAUAUUGAUUAACUAUUAAGAACUGGUAACAUACUAGUGCUAAAUAGUAGACAUCUGCUGGGUGCAGUGUUUACUGUGGCUUAACAGUCCAAUUUUCAAUUUACAGUUCUGCCAGGAGAAUAUUGUACCUCUUGUGGAUUGCAAGAUUUGUGAAGAACUUUUGACUGAAAAGUUGCAAAGUUAGUAAAAAGGUACUCAAUGCUAUUUCACUUAGAGUGCUUUGAUUACUAUAGAUAAAGAAAAGAACAAAAUGCUUUUGUAAAGUUGUAACAAGGAUGUAUUAAAAGAGCUAUAUCUUCACCAGUUU